UACCCCUCAUGCCGAAUGGCUGAAAAUACGUUCCGCAAGUUGCUAGAUCAGCGACAUUCCGCGACGCUGAAAUAUUCGGAAUCGUAUGUCGUGGGAAAUGUAUGAAACGUCCACGAAAUCGGAAUCGAGGUUGGACGGAUGUGAAGUGCAAUUGCACUCGCAUCAAUUUGCUGAUAACGCAAAAUAGAAAAAUUGUGGAAUAUCAAUCGUACCGAACGGUCGAUUGCAAUGAACAUAGAAAGUCAGAAGUAUUUUGUCCAUCGGCUGGAAAGGUUGAAUAGUUGAGAGAGAUAUUCUGAACAAGUAUAUAUAUUGGACAAUCAGGUGUUUGAAAAGUGAUUUCGGGUCGUGCAUAGAAGUGUUUACUGAAUUUUACUAAAUAAAAUAAAUAUUUUGUGUCAACCACAAAGCAUCGCAUUCUUAUUCCACCUAUCAGGAUUCGAAUAAUUGGAUAGAGGAAAUGAAGGAUACGACAAUGGCGCCCAACGUGAAAACCCCACGGUUAAAUAAUUUUGACAUUCGCACAUAACGCAUAUGUGAUAAAGCCUAUAAAUAUGCAGAAUUCAAUGAAGAUAUGUACAAAUACCGGACAAUUCUUAUUUCGGUGACAGGUUAUCGUUGAAAGAUGGAAAUUGUGUAUAUGUGCAAUAAUGUGCAAUUCUUGAUGUGCAUAUAAAAACAAAAUAUGAGAACGUUACGUGUAUUACGUGUAAUGUUACGUGUAAAGUAACCAGAAAGACAGUACACAUAAACAUGAAUUCGCGCUUGAAUUUGUUACCGUAUGCAUAUUUCUAUAUGACAUUAAUCAUGAAUAAAGCUUGCAUAUGACGGGCAGUGUGUUGUUUAUUUAAAUGUGAAGGUCGGAAAACUAAAGCGGUGAAGAAAUCUUAAUAAUAAAAAGGAAAAUUUAACUCGGAGACUCAGUGAACUUUGACAGAAACGUUUGUGAAUUUUAUGGGGACUCGUCUCACAAGAAUUUUAAAUUGAAACUAGAAUGAAAAUGAGAACGGUGAUGAAUAUACGUGUGUGAACCAACUCUUAUCUAUCGAAAACAUCUAAAAAGGCUGGAGAACUCGCUAAUACUGCAGCAUUUAACAAACAUAAACAUUAUUCUAAUUUAACUUCUAGUAAUAAUUAUAUUCUACUAGCUUUCGCGGUAGAAACCAUGGGCCCAUGGAGUACAGAAUCAAAAAAUUUCAUAGAAAAAAUUGGAUCAAAAUUACAAGAGAUUAGCGGAGAUAAAAAAUCAAAAUCAUAUCUGAUACAAAAAAUUUCUAUGGCCAUACAACGAUACAACGCCAGUUGCAUAAUGGGAACCAUCUCCGCAGAAAAGCCUUUGGAAGAAAUUUUUUAUUUGUAAUUUGUUAUCUGUACUUUAAAAAGAUACAAGGUUUUACAGGUCGGAAUGACGGCUAAGCCUGACCACCUUUCCUUGUCAAAUACAAUGUAUUCUGGUUUAUUGAAUAAAAAAAUCAAUUUGUAAAAAAAAAUAAAAAAAAACGAUUAUAAGAAGUCAAUUGAUGAAAUUUUGAAAUUCUUGACAAGUUUUGCGUUAUAUAGAUACGAUAGACAUAAGUGGGAAAAAACUUAGAAGAUGGUUAAAUUGUAACGUGUUGAACUUUGAGGAGGUGGCUAGAAGAUGAAUGUAGCAUGCACAAACGACGUGUAAGUUGUGAGACGAAACAAUAAGAUGUAUCUGAUAAACAUGUGAAAUUCAGAAGUGUUCGGGUCGAUGAAACGAAUUAGGGUAUAAGCAUAAAUGCCUAAAACAAUAUUGUAAGAAUGAGAAGUAUUGUUGAGUUGAUUGGAAUAACUGACAAAAUCAUACCAACGUUCCCUGGUGAAAAAUAUACAGAGGCGGACUUACACAAGUUUUUAAAAGGAUGUGAAAUUGCGUUGGAGAUAGGAAGACCCGAAGAGCAAGGAAACAUCCUGGAAUGUAUUAAAAGGAAACUGACUGGAGAAGCUUAUCUAGAAGUGAAGUAUGAGAAGUGUGUGACGUAUGGACAAAUAAAAAAGCUGCUGAUUUCGAAAUACAAAAAACCAUACUCAUUCAAAGACUGUCAAAAAGAUCUAUGGAAUUGCAAACAGGCACAGAAUGAGAGCUUGGAAUGCUUUUUACUGAAAGUGCAAACUCUUUAUAGAUUGGGUUGUGAAGCAGUCGAAUCAGAAUACCAAAAUCAGCUUGAAAUUGAAUUCUACGACAAAAUGUUGGAGAAAGAAGCCGUUUAUGCAAUGAAAAUGGGUUUGUUGAGGACAGAUAUUACCGAGCACAUGGUUUUACACUGUAGACCAGCACCUGACAACAUCAAAGAUACGAUGAAACUUGCCCUGGAAUAUGAAAAAGAUUUUGCGGAAAUAAUACCAAAUAAGGUCAACGAAAAAGAACGGGCAGAAGCGGCGCCAAAUACAGUCAACUGGAAGAACAUGGGUCACACACAGGACUACUUGGAAGAAUUAUCGCGUUUGCGUCACGAUUUGAAGUCAAUGCUAGCUGAAAUAUACUCGUUGCGCAAUGGGAACAAAUUGAAUGUUGUUAAGGAAGGAUCAUGCGAAAGCGAGACUACACGUGAAACUAUGAAAAUCGCGAAAGAAUGCUAUAUUUGCAACGAAAAGGGGCAUGUUGCUAGAACAUGUCCGAGGAGACUUCUAUGUCGUCGCUGUGGGGGAGAGAAACACAACUUCAGAGGGUGCAAACGUAAAAUAACUGACGAUCAAAAAUUGUGAGUGACGGGCCUGAGCUUAUAUAAAUUGACUCGGAUGAAAAUGAAGGAAACAUUGACAAUCUUUGAACAACAUGGUCAAUCACUGACUUACACAGUCACAAACAUCGACAGUUUUAACCAUGGACAGUCACCAACACCGACAGUCAAUGGACAGUCACUAACAUCGACGGUCGUAACCAUGGACAGUCACUGUUUCGGCAGGCCUUGUAUAAACUGGAUGAGCGGGUAGACGAAACUGUUGCUCCUGAGACGGAUUGAAACGCACGAGAAAUGAGUCGAGACAACGAACACUAUGAAUAUUGCACCAAGACAGCCCUAGCGGAAUGAGCAAUGGCUGUUGGACGGACCUGGGUCGAACCGAUAAAUUGACAAGUUGAGGAUCGAAGACGACUGGAAGAGAGAGCAAGUAGUGAGACAAAACAAGAUACAGUUCAACAAAAUCGAGAGUCAUGGUUGGUCAAUUUGGUCGUUGAUGGCCAUCGUUUCAGUCAUUUUCAUUAUGGGGGCGGGUAUCGUAUGGUACAUACGAUGCCGAAGCACAAUAUUCCGGAGUGCCACGGAGGGAAUACAGCGGAUGCACAAAUUGGCACGAUCCAGGGACAACGUCGAAAUGAAUGAAGUAAAUGUAUGAAUGAGUAAAAUAUCUGGGAGUCUUUCGAUGGUUGAGGAUUUUAGAGUAGGGUUGGGGGUGAAAAUUUCUGAUUUUUAUAGUCAUUUAAAAUGUUUUUGAUUUUUAUAGUCACUUAGACUGUUACAAUUAUAUUUGGGGUUUCAUUUGGGGUCGUAGUUAGGGCCUGUUUGGUCAUUUCAAGUUUCUUUUUGAUUGUUUAGGUUAAGAAUUAAUGUGAAAACGCGAAAUCACUUUUCCAAAGGCUUGGUCGUAUGAGCAAAUGGCUCAGAACGGUGUGACAAAGGUUAAAAAGUUUGAAGAGAGGGUUUGCGAGAGAAAGCUUUUUUCCGACUUGAACGAUGAUCUUAUUUUUCUUUUUCUGAGGAGGGAGUAUUGUGGUACCCCUCAUGCCGAAUGGCUGAAAAUACGUUCCGCAAGUUGCUAGAUCAGCGACAUUCCGCGACGCUGAAAUAUUCGGAAUCGUAUGUCGUGGGAAAUGUAUGAAACGUCCACGAAAUCGGAAUCGAGGUUGGACGGAUGUGACGUGCAAUUGCACUCGCAUCAAUUUGCUGAUAACGCAAAAUAGAAAAAUUGUGGAAUAUCAAUCGUACCGAACGGUCGAUUGCAAUGAACAUAGAAAGUCAGAAGUAUUUUGUCCAUCGGCUGGAAAGGUUGAAUAGUUGAGAGAGAUAUUCUGAACAAGUAUAUAUAUUGGACAAUCAGGUGUUUGAAAAGUGAUUUCGGGUCGUGCAUAGAAGUGUUUACUGAAUUUUACUAAAUAAAAUAAAUAUUUUGUGUCAACCACAAAGCAUCGCAUUCUUAUUCCACCUAUCAGGAUUCGAAUAAUUGGAUAGAGGAAAUGAAGGA